UUUUGUCCCGAAAGUUAAGAUUGAAACUCGGUUGGCACAUGGAAGAAGAAUGGUAGAAAAUUGGCACCCGUCAUCCUCUUCAUACACAACACACCCUCACUUCCACACUUCACUUCCUACCGCAACAAAAAUGGCCGCAAAAGAAAAUGAGAUAGCCCACCAGUUUCGUUUUUUCCGUGUUUACAAUGACGGCAAACUGGAGAUGUUCGGACCCAUCAUCCCCUCCGAAAAGGUUUCUCCUUCCGACGAUUCCACCACCGGUGUCCGCUCCAAAGACACCAUCAUCUCCACCGACCCACCCGUUUCAGUUCGGAUAUUUUUGCCCCGAAUAACCGACCCAAUCCGAAAAAUCCCCCUCCUCCUUUACAUCCACGGUGGUGGGUUCUGCAUGCAAUCUGCCUUCUCCUCCACGUACCAUAACCUUGUCGCCACCAUCGUUUCCGAAGCCAACGUCAUCGCCGUCUCCGUGGAAUACGGGUUGUUUCCGACCCGACCCAUUCCGGCUUGCUACGAGGACUCAUGGGCUGCACUCCAGUGGGUCGCGUCGCACGCUGGAGGAAGUGGACCCGAGCCUUGGCUGAACAAAUACGCCGAUCUGCAGCGGGUUUUUAUCUCCGGCGACAGCGCCGGUGGCAACAUUACCCACACUUUGGUAAGUCGAGUAGGGAAGCUUGGGUUACCGGGUGUUAAGGUUGUCGGGGCUAUUUUGGUCCAUCCAUACUUCGCGGGUGUGAAGGAGGAUGAUGAGACGUGGAUGUACAUGUGUCCAGAAAACGAGGGGUUGCAUGAUCCUAGGAUGAAACCGGCCGCAGAGGAUCUGGCUAGGCUUGGGUGCGAGAGGGUGUUGGUGUUCGCUGCUGAGAAGGACCAUUUGUUUGAUUCUGGAAAGAAGUACUUUGAGGAGCUUAAGAAGAGUGGAUGGGGUGGGAGUGUUGAGCUUGUUGUGAAUUGGGGUUUGGAGCAUUGCUUUCAUGUUAGAAACCUUGAACAUGAUAAGGCUCAGGAAUUGUUGCAUAAGGUCGCUUCUUUCAUCCAACAAGACUAGAUUUGCCAAUGGACCCAAGGAUCUAGCUUCUAUGAUUUUGCUAUGCUUUGUAAUUUUUUUUACCAAGUUAUAUUUUGUAAUUUUAAUUUGGCAUGCUUGUAUGAUGUGUGAUUCUCUGUUCCUUGGGCCUCUGCGUGAGAUGAAACUCAGUAAAGGAUAUAAAUGGUGAAAAUAAAUUUGGAAACUGAAGUUUUUGGCAAUGUAAUUGAAUUUUAAUCACUUGCUUGUUAAUAUAUAACUUGUA